AUGACUAUCAUCAACCAAAUCCAAGGGCGCGGUUACAAGCUCUUAGAAGAAGAAGUUGUGGCCAAGGUUCUUCAUAGCUUAUCUUCAAAGUUUGAUUAUGUGGCCAUGGUGAUAGAUGAGUCGAAGAAUAUUUCCAAACUAUCCUUGCAGGAGCUUACAAGUUCCUUGGAAGCUCAUGAAGUAAGGGUUAACAGGGUUGUUGUGAGGAUAGGAGAAAGGGUUCUUCAUAUAAGAAGUGAAACAGUACCUUUAAAGGAGGGUCAGAGUGGUAACUCAAGCACUAGGACAUCUUGGUGUGGUUCUAGAGGAAGAGGAAAAAGAGGUGAUAACAAGAGUCAUAUACAAUGUUUUAACUGUAAAAAGUUUAGCCAUGUCAAAGCUAACUGUUGGGCCAAAGACAAGCAAGUAGAGAAGAAUAUUACUUUGGUUACUAAAGCUCUAGAAGCUAACAACCUCUUCAUGGCAUGUAGCAACACCCGUAUAGAUGCAAACUCAAUCUGGUUGGUCGAUCGUGGUUGCUCCAACCACAUGUCUGUUGUAAUAGAGCUCUUCAUCUCACUGGAUGAGUCACAAAAGGAAGAUGUCAGACUAGUAAAAAACAAGGAAAUCAGAGUAUAA